AGCCACCAUGGGGCUGCCACUAGCUCGCCUGGUGGCUGUGUGCCUAGUCCUGGCCUUGGCCAAGGGCUCGGAGCUCCAGAAAGAAGCCAGAACCCGAAACCAUGUCUGCAGCACCUGGGGUGACUUCCACUACAAAACCUUUGACGGCGAUGUCUUCCGAUUCCCUGGCCUCUGUGAUUAUAACUUUGCUUCUGACUGCCGAGACUCCUACAAGGAAUUUGCUGUACACAUUAAGAGGGGCUUGGGCGAGGCCGGGGGUCACUCCCGGAUAGAGUCCAUCCUGAUCACCAUUAAGGAUGAUGUCAUCUACCUCACCCACAAGCUGGCAGUGGUGAAUGGGGUCAUGGUCAGCACCCCACACUACAGCUCUGGGCUACUCAUUGAGAAGAAUGACGCCUACACCAAGGUCUACUCCCGUGCCGGCCUCUCCCUCAUGUGGAACCGGGAAGAUGCACUCAUGCUAGAGCUGGACAGCCGGUUCCAGAACCACACUUGUGGCCUCUGUGGGGACUUCAAUGGCAUGCAGACCUAUAAUGAGUUCCUCUCUGAAGGCAUAUCCUACAGCGCCAUUGACUUUGGGAACAUGCAGAAGAUCAACAAGCCUGAGGUUGAAUGUCAGGACCCCGAGGUGGUGCCAGAGCCCGAGUCCUGCUCUGAACACCGAGCCGAAUGUGAGAGGCUGCUGACUUCCGAAGCCUUCGAGGACUGCCAGGCCCGGGUGCCUGUGGAGCUGUAUGUGCGCGCCUGCAUGCAGGACCGCUGCCGGUGCGCGCAGGGCGGCGCCUGUGAGUGCAGCACCCUCGCUGAGUUCUCCCGCCAGUGCUCCCACGCAGGCGGCCGACCUCAGAACUGGAGGACCGCCUCGCUCUGCCCCAAGAAAUGCCCUGGUAACAUGGUGUACCUGGAGAGCAGCUCGCCCUGUGUCGACACCUGCUCGCAUCUGGAGGUCAGUAGCUUGUGUGAAGAACACUAUAUGGAUGGCUGUUUCUGCCCAGAAGGCACGGUGUAUGAUGACAUCACGGGCAGCGGCUGCAUCUCCGUGAGCCAGUGCCAUUGCAAGCUGCACGGACACCUCUACAGGCCAGGCCAGGAGAUUACCAAUGACUGUGAGCAGUGUGUCUGCAAAGCCGGUCGAUGGGAUUGUAAAGACCUGCCUUGCCCGGAGACCUGUGCCCUGGAAGGUGGCUCCCACAUCACCACCUUUGAUGGGAAAAAGUUUACCUUUCAUGGGGACUGCUACUAUGUCCUGACCAAGGGAGACCAUAAUGAGUCCUUUGCUCUCCUGGGUGAGCUGGCUCCCUGUGGCUCUACAGACAAGCAGACCUGCCUGAAGACCGUGGUACUGUUGACUGACAACAAGAAGAAUGUGGUGGCCUUCAAAUCGGGUGGCAGCGUCUUGCUCAAUGAGCUGGAGGUGACCCUGCCUCACGUGGCAGCGAGCUUCUCCAUCUUCCAACCCUCCUCCUACCACAUCGUUGUGAACACGGUGUUUGGGCUGAGGCUGCAGGUCCAGUUGGUUCCAGUCAUGCAACUUUUUGUGACUCUGGACCAGGCUUCCCAGGGACAGGUGCAGGGUCUCUGUGGGAACUUCAAUGGCCUGGAAAGUGAUGACUUCAUGACAUCUGGCGGGCUGGUGGAGGCCACGGGUUCUGGCUUCGCCAAUACCUGGAAGGCCCAGUCAAGCUGCCAUGACAAACUGGACUGGCUAGAUGACCCCUGUUCCCUCAACAUUGAGAGCGCCAAUUACGCUGAGCACUGGUGUUCCCUUCUGAAGAGGUCGGAGACCCCGUUUGCCAGGUGCCAUCUGGCUGUGGACCCCACUGACUACUACAAGAGGUGCAAAUAUGACACGUGCAACUGUCAGAACAACGAGGACUGCAUGUGUGCCGCCCUCUCUUCCUAUGCCCGUGCCUGCGCGGCCAAGGGUGUCAUGCUGUGGGGCUGGCGGGAGCGUGUCUGCAACAAAGAUGUGCACGCUUGCCCCAGCUCACAGAUCUUCCUGUACAACCUAACCACUUGCCAGCAGACCUGCCGCUCACUCUCGGAGGGUGACAGCCACUGCCUCAAGGGAUUUGCACCAGUGGAAGGCUGUGGCUGCCCCGACUAUACCUUCAUGGACGAGAAGGGCCGCUGCGUGCCCUUGGCUAAGUGCUCCUGCUACCACCACGGUCUGUACCUGGAGGCAGGAGAUGUGAUUCUGAGGCAAGAGGAGCGCUGCGUCUGCCGGAACGGGAGGCUGCAAUGCACCCAGGUCAAACUGAUCGGCCACAGCUGUGAGUCCCCUAAGAUCCUUGUGGAUUGCAACAACUUGACCGCUCUGGCCACCCGGAAACCCCGCCCCACUAGCUGCCAGACAUUGGUGGCUGGCUAUUACAACACAGAGUGUAUCAGUGGCUGUGUGUGUCCCGAUGGGAUGCUGGAUGAUGGCCGUGGUGGCUGUGUGAAGGAGGAGGAAUGUCCUUGCAUCCACAACAAAGACUUAUAUGAUUCUGGGACGACGAUCAAUCUGGACUGUAACAACACCUGCACUUGUCAGAAGGGACGCUGGGAGUGCACCCGCCACGCGUGCCACGGCACCUGCUCUAUCUAUGGGAGCGGCCACUACAUCACCUUCGACGGGAAGCACUACGACUUUGAUGGACACUGCUCCUAUGUGGCUGUCCAGGACUACUGUGGCCAGAACUCUACCGGCUCCUUCAGCAUUAUCACAGAGAACGUCCCCUGCGGCACGACCGGCGUCACCUGCUCCAAGGCCAUAAAGAUCUUUAUAGGGGGGACAGAGCUGAAGUUGGUGGAUAAACACCGCGUGGUGAAGCAGUUGGAAGAGGGGCAUCAUGUGCCCUAUAUCACACGGGAAGUGGGCCAGUACCUGGUGGUGGAGGCCAGCUCUGGUAUCAUUGUUAUCUGGGACAAGAAGACCACCAUCUUCAUCAAACUGGCUCCCUCUUACAAGGGCACGGUAUGUGGUCUGUGUGGGAACUUUGAUGACCAGACCAAAAACGACUUCACCACUCGGGACCACAUGGUGGUGACCAGCGAGCUGGACUUUGGGAAUAGCUGGAAGGAAGCUUCCACUUGCCCAGAUGUGAGCCACACCCCUGACCCCUGCAGUCUGAACCCGCACCGUCGCUCCUGGGCAGAGAAGCAGUGCAGCAUCAUCAAAAGUCGUGUGUUCAAAGCGUGCCACAGCAAGGUGGACCCCACGGUCUUCUAUGAGGCCUGUGUGCAUGACUCCUGCUCCUGUGACACGGGUGGUGACUGCGAGUGUUUCUGCUCUGCUGUGGCCUCCUACGCUCAGGAGUGCACCAAGGCAGAGGCCUGUGUGUACUGGAGGACGCCGGACCUAUGCCCCAUAUUCUGUGAUUACUACAACCCCCCAGACGAGUGCGAAUGGCACUACGAACCGUGUGGGAACCGCAGCUUCGAGACGUGCAGGACCCUCAACGGCAUCCACUCCAACAUCUCUGUGUCCUACCUGGAGGGUUGCUACCCUCGGUGCCCUGAGGACAGGCCCAUCUAUGAUGAGGACUGGAAGAAAUGCGUCUCUGGGGACCAGUGUGGCUGCUAUAUUGAGGACACUCGCUACCUACCUGGAGACCCUGUUCCCACUGAGGAGAUCUGCAUGUCUUGUACAUGCACCAACACCUCAGACAUCAUCUGCCAUCCAGAUGAAGGGAAGAUUGUUAACGAGACCCGGGAUGGUAUUUUCUGCUACUGGGAGAUCUGCACCUCCAAUGGGACAGUGGAGCAGCACUUCAAUAUUUGUGGUUCCUCCACACCACCCCCAUCUACUGUGACAAGCUUCACCACAAUCUCCACCACUCCCAUCUCCACCACCCCCAUCUCCACCACCACCACCACCACCACCACCCCCAUCUCCACCACCCGCAUUUCAUGCUGCUUCUGGUCCGACUGGAUUAACGACAACCAUCCUACCCAUGAAAAUGGUGGUGAUCGAGAGAACUUUACCCAUGUCUGCAGCGUUCCUGAGGACAUUGAGUGCAGAUCAGCCACAGAGCCCAAAGAAAGCUGGGAGAAACUGGGCCAGAAGGUACACUGUAGUGUCUCAGAUGGGCUCAUUUGCAAAAAUGAAGAGCAGUAUGGAAUUGGACAAUGGGAACUUUGUUAUGACUAUGAGAUACGAGUCUACUGUUGCUAUCCAAUGGAAUACUGUCCCACUUCAACCAUCACACCUACGACUUCACCAACGACCACAUCCACCACUCCACCUACCUCUUCACCAACCACCCUACCUACAACAUCGCCGCUGACUCCAUCUACUACUUCACCAUCAAGCUUGCCUAUCACUUCAACAGUUUCGCCGACUACCCCAGCUACCACUUCACCAACAAGCUUGCCUCCUACCGCACCAGUCGUUUUACCAACCACCUCACCGAUGACCACACCCACCAUCUCAUCUACCGCUACGCUGAUGACUUCAUUUACGACUUCACAGACAUCUUCACCAGCCCCCCCCACUAAGAGCUCACCAACCACACCUGCUACCACCUCACCGACCCCUUCACCGGGAACCUCAACUACCACAACACCAAGCACCUCACCCACCACCUCAACACCGGUGACUACCCCCUUCACCACAACAGUUUCCACUACAUGCAUUGAAGAAUGCAAGUGGAUGGGCUGGAAGGAUUCUGGAAAACCCUCCUACGGGAUGGGGAGUGGAGACUUUGAACCGGUUGAGGGCAGCUGUGAGCCAGGCUGGGAGGUGAACAACGUCUCCUGCAGAGCCGUGCUGUACUCCAACGUUCCGCUUCAGCAGCUUGGACAGGAAGUGACUUGCAACAAAGAUGUAGGGCUGGUGUGCAGAAACUCAGAGCAGCCGAUGGGAGGGUGGAUGCCCGUGCGCAUGUGUCUCAACUAUGAGAUCAAUGUUGAGUGCUGUAGUCCAGAGACCACCCUUCCUACGUCUACCACCACACAGACACCAACCCCAACUGCAACCACCACUACAGUCACUACAUCAUCACCAACAGAGACCACCCCUCCUACACCUACCACCACACAGACACCAACCCCAACUCCAACAGAGACCACCACUACAGUGACUCCAACACCAACACCAACCACCACAGGGACCCCCAUUUCAACAUCUACUACCACACAGACACCAACCCCAACACCCACACCAGUGACCUCCACCCCUACCCCCACACAGACACCUACCCCAACUCGUACCACCACUACCAAACCUCCCACUGAGUCCCCGACGCCUGUGAUCUCUCAGUCUACUUCUUCCCCACCCACGGAGUCCGUCACUCUUCCAAGCACUCCUGUAACUACCAUAGCAACACCUAGCACGCAAUCAUCACCCGGAACAACAUCACCAUUCAUCACUUUGUCAGUGGGCAGCACUUCGUCUCCAUCUCCAGGUUCAAAACCAGGACCUACCGUACCUCCAGAGACCACAACGGGGCCAACCUCACCCACCACAAGACCACCCUCCACAACCACCCCUACAGUUCCUACUGUGACAACGACCACCCCGGAAACCACCACACCAACUACUUUGGAGACCACCAAGACCUCGUCUUGGAGCACAGUCUCCUCAGUCUCCCCAAUCACCUCUCCCAGCACCACCUGGACCAGCAUUGCAACCUUGACUACCUGCUGCGUUGUGGAAAACAUAUAUUAUGGCCCAGGUGAAAUGAUCUACAACAGUACCCACGGGGACAGGUGUUAUUACGUGAACUGCUCCGAGGACUGCCAACUCCAGAUCUUCAACUGGUCCUGUCCAUCUACUCCUCCAACUACUACACCCUCCACGCCAACGUCCUCUCCGACGACCACACCCUCUACUCCCCCAACUACUACACCCUCCACACCAUCCACCACAUCUUCAACCUCUACGCCCUCCACGCCCAAAUCUACAAUGUCAACACCCAGCACACCAACCAAAACUACCACCCGUGGAUGCCUCGACUUUGAUCCUCCCAGACAGGUGAAUGAGACCUGGUGGCUGUGUAACUGUACCAUGGCCAUUUGCAAGCAUGACAACGUAGUGGAGAUUGUGGAGCUGGAGUGCAAGCCCCCGCCCAUGCCCACCUGUUCCAACGGCCUCAAGCCCGUGCGUGUCGAGGACCCUGAUGGCUGCUGCUGGCACUGGGAGUGUGACUGCUACUGCACCGGCUGGGGGGAUCCACACUUUGUCACCUUCGAUGGGCUCUACUACAGUUACCAGGGUAACUGCAGCUACGUGCUAAUGGAGGAGAUUAACCCCACGGUGGACAACUUUGGUGUCUACAUUGACAACUACCACUGUGAUGUCAACGACAAGGUGUCCUGCCCCCGCACGCUUAUUGUGCGCCACGAGACCCAGGAAGUGCGGAUCAAGACAGUGAACUUGAUGCCCAUUGAGGUGCAGGUACUGGUGAACAAGCAGGUAGUGGCUUUGCCCUACCAGAAGUACGGGCUGCAGGUGUACGAAUCUGGCAUCAACUUUGUGGUGGACAUCCCCAGGCUGAAGGCCCAGAUCUCCUACAACGGCAUGUAUUUCUCCAUCAGGCUGCCCUACGAACUGUUCGGCAACAACACAAAGGGCCAGUGCGGAACCUGCACCAACAAUACGGCAGAUGACUGCAUCCUACCCACUGGAGAGAUCGUCUCCGACUGCGAGGUUGCUGCUGACCAGUGGCUGGUGAACGACCCCUCCAAGCCACACUGCCCUCACAGCGGCUUCACCACCAAGCGCCCGGCCAUCACGUCAGGGCUUUUGCCGAAUAACUGUACUCAGUCUCCUGUGUGCGAGCUCAUCAAGGACAGCCUCUUUUCCCAGUGCCACCCCUUUGUGCCUCCUAAGUACUACUAUGAAGCUUGCCUGUUUGAUAGCUGCUUUGUGCCUGGCUCCGGUAUGGAGUGUGCCAGCGUACAGGCCUACGCGGUCCUCUGUGCCAAGGAAGGUGCCUGCAUUGACUGGCGGAGCCAUACCCAGGGGGCCUGCCCUGUGAAGUGUCCAUCUCACAGGGAGUACAAGGCCUGUGGCCCCGCAGAAGAACCCACCUGCCAGUCCAGUGCCUUUGAGAAUUCCACACUCUUGGUGGAAGGCUGCUUCUGUCCUGAAGGCACCACGAAAUUUGCUCCCGGCCGUGACGUCUGUGUGGAGACAUGUGGAUGUGUGGGACCCGACAAUGUGCCCAGAAAGUUUGGAGAGCACUUUAGGUUUGACUGCCAGGACUGUGAUUGCCUGGAGGGUGGAAGCGGCAUUGUCUGCCAGCCAAAGAACUGUUCUGGAGGGGACCAGCAGACAUGUGAGGAGGAUGGCACCUACCUUGUUAUGGAGGUCAACCCAGAAGACACAUGCUGCAAUAUCACCACAUGCAAGUGUGACACCAAACAAUGCAAAGCGCAACGCCCCUCAUGUUUGCUGGGAUUCGAAGCGAAGAUCGAGCACGUGCCUGGGAAAUGCUGUCCAGUUUACUCCUGUGUGCCCAAGGGCGUGUGUGUGCACCAGAACGCUGAAUAUCAGCCCGGAUCUCCAGUCUAUUCCAACAAGUGCCAGGACUGUGUGUGCACCAGCAUCAUGGACAACAGCACCCAGCUCAACGUCAUCUCCUGUACCCAUGUGCCCUGCAACAGCUCCUGCAGCUCCGGCUUUGAACUUGUGGAGGUCCCUGGGGAGUGCUGCAAGAAGUGCCAGCAGACCCACUGCAUCAUUGAGAGGCCCAACCAGCAGUACCUCAUUCUGAAGCCUGGGGACAUACAGACAAACCCCAACGACAAGUGCACCUACUUCAGCUGCAUUAAAUUCAACAAACAGCUCAUCUCCUCUGUCUCCAACAUCACCUGCCCUGACUUCAACCCCAGUGAUUGUGUUUUGGACUCCAUCACUUACAUGCCCAAUGGCUGCUGUAAGACAUGCAUCCCUCGAAACCAGACCAGAGUCCCUUGUUCUGCCAUCCCCGUCAUGAAGGAGAUUUCCUACAAUGGCUGCACGAAGAACGUCUCCAUGAACUACUGUUCUGGGUCCUGUGGGACUUUUGCCAUGUACUCUUCCCAGGUCCAGGAGCUGGAUCACAAGUGUUCUUGCUGCAAGGAGGAGAGGACCAGUGAACGCGAGGUGACCCUGGAAUGCCCAGAUGGCACUGAGCUGAGCCACACCUACACACACAUCGAGAGCUGUCUGUGCCAGGAUACCGUCUGCGGGCUCCCACAGGCCCAGCAAGGCCGUGUCAGGCGUUCUAGUUCCUGGCUUCUGGGAAGGAAGUGAACGGGUUCUACCGAGCACAACCCUUCCUAUCUUGCACCAUCCUGCUAACCCUCUGAGCUUCCUUCGCUUCUAGCUUGUCUCCUUCUCUGUAGAUAUUUAUUUUCAGAGUUUCUAUUUUAUCCUUUGCUUUCUGAUAAUAAACCCAGGCAUAACCAUGCAUACCAGCCACAA